AUGUCAUUACAAGCUCAACACCGACGGGGCUGCUUUAGAAAUCCUGGGAAGGGUGGUGUGGGAGGAGUUUUCAGAGACUCUAGUGGCAACUGGGUAGUGGGAUUCAUGGAAAAUCUACCUCACACCACAAACACCCAAGCUGAACUACUUGCAGUGCUGCAGGGAUUACAAAUUGCAGAGCAAAGAGGAAUCAUUUCCCUAGAGAUCAACACAGAUCCAACAGAGGUAAUAAGAAUGCUUAAUUUGGAUAACCAUGUCUUUGACUCAAUUAUUUUUCAAUGCAUGUCAAUCAUCCUAAGAUUGGGAAACGUUGUGGUGAAACAUGGCUACAGAGAGAUGAACAAAGUAGUUGAUCUGAUGACAAAGGAGGGUGCAAAGAAAAACGUUUUUGGAAGAACAAUAAUCAUGGCAGUUCUUCCUGUGUUUGCGAAUGAAGCUUUUUGGGCUGACAUCUUAGGAACUGCUUUUUCUAGGAAGAUUUUAGACUGUAAUAUUAAUACUCUUGANGUGACAUUGCUUCUUCGGCACGAACCGAGGAAUCCCUUAGAUAUGAUGCAAAACGGCUCUUGUUAA